CAGCCUGGACAUCUCCCGGUGGGCGGUGAACAGGGUCUUCUACAACGGGCAGUACUACAGGGACAUGGUUCAGCUGGAGAGUGCCUACGUGCAGGGUCGCAUCAGCGUGGAGAAGGCCUGGAGCUUUGCCUUUGGGAUGAGCGUGAACACCGGCCUGCGCCUGUUUGACAUCCGACACAAGGGGGAGAGGGUUGCCUAUGAAAUCGGCAUCCAAGAGGCGUUGUCAGUGUACGGCUCCAACUGCCCUGGAGGGAUGUCAACGAGGUACAUGGAUGGGAGCUUUGGCAUUGGGCGCUACACCUCCCCCUUGGUGCGAGGGGUCGACUGCCCAUAUUCGGCCACCUACGUCGACACACACUCUCUAAUUAGUAAAAAUGCCCUCUGCAUUUUUGAGCAGAACCUGGGCUCCCCUCUGAGGCGCCACUACUCCAACUUGCAGUCGCUCUACUAUGGGGGGCAGGUCAACUCUGCUCUGGUGGUUCGGUCCAUUGCGACCGUGGGCAACUACGACUACGUGUGGGACUUCAUCUUCUACCAGAACGGGGCCAUCGAAGGCAAGGUCCAGGCCACGGGGUACGCGAGCUCAUCCUUUCUCCACGGGGAUGGUCUGAGAUACGGCAACAGGGUUUGGGAGCACACGCUGGGUACGAUACACACCCAUUCCAUCAACUAUAAAGUGGACUUGGAUGUGGGAGGGGUGAAAAAUUCCCUGGUGGCUCAUGACAUGGCAUUUGAGAUGGUGAGGGCUCCCUGGAGCCCAGAGCAGCAGAUAGAGCGGCCACGACUCACCAAGAAAGUCCUAGACACGGAGGACCAGGCUGCCUUCCGGCUCCAGUCGAAGAUGCCCAGAUACAUCUACUUCGCAGCCAACAGCAAAAACAAGUGGGGCCACCAGCGCGGUUACAGGAUCCAGAUCACCAGUUUUGCCGGGGACCAUGUCCCCGAAGCCAGCUCCAUGGAGAGGGCCAUCAGCUGGGCAAGGUACCAGCUGGCCGUCACCAGGCGGAAGGAGGAGGAGCCCACCAGCACCAGCAUCUACAACCAGAACGACCCCUGGACGCCCACCGUCGCCUUCGCCAACUUCAUCAACAACGAGACCAUCACCAAUGAGGACCUUGUUGCCUGGAUAACCGCUGGUUUCCUUCACAUCCCUCACUCUGAGGAUAUUCCCAACACUGUGACGGUGGGAAACUCGGUCGGCUUUCUCCUGAGACCCUACAACUACUAUGACCUGGACCCCUCCAUAUACUCGCACGAUGGCGUGUUUUUCACCAGCGAGCAGGACUUCACGGCAUGUGAAAUCAACCCUGUUGCAUGCCUGCCCAAAACUGCCUCUUGUUUGCCAAACUUCCCCCCGUUCACCUAUGAUGGUUUCCAAAAUAUGAGCAGGCUUUGACGCUACAGGAUGGUGUUAGGAGACACAGUCAGAGACACCAGGUUGACUGUUCUGUCUCAGAUUUUCAGUUUUUUAGUGAAGUUGUCUCAAUUUCCAGUUGUGCAACGGCUUCACUUUUUAUCAUUGCUUUUAAAAUAGUGCUCUUUAAAAGGGAAGCAUAAUCUUCCUGGCAUGAUGCCAGACAGGAGUCUACGUUAUCUCUGUUAAUUGCUGACUUUGAGUCUGUUGCAGGAGGAAAGUCGGGAGAAAAUCCUGUUCCUCUGCUGU